GCCAAAAGCUCUGUACCAGCCUCCACAACCCUGCUCAUCUCAAGCACCUGCCUCUACAGCAGUGAGCACAGAUGGCCUGGUCCCCGAUAGCUACCGGGCUGCUCCUGGUCUCUGCCGUCUUCUGCAUGGUGCUCUGGGUGGUCAGAGCCUGGCAGCCUCGGGUUCCCAAAGGCCUGAAGAGUCCCCCGGGGCCGUGGGGCUGGCCCUUGCUGGGGAACGUGCUGACCUUGGGGAAGACCCCACACCUGGCGCUAACGAGGCUGAGCCAGCGGUAUGGGGACGUGCUGCAAAUCCACAUUGGCUCCACACCCGUACUGGUGCUCAGCGGCCUGGACACCAUCCGGCAGGCCCUGGUGCAACAGGGGGACGAUUUCAAGGGCCGGCCUGACCUCUACAGCUUCACUUUGGUUACUGAUGGCCAAAGCAUGUCCUUUAGCCCGGACUCUGGACCAGUGUGGGCUGCACGCAGGCGCCUGGCCCAGAGUGCCCUGAAGAGCUUCUCCAUCGCGUCAGACCCAGCUUCCUCGUGCACCUGCUACCUGGAAGAGCACGUGAGCAAGGAGGCAGAGGCCCUCCUCGGCAGGCUGCAGCAAAGGAUGGCAGAGGCUGGGCGCUUUGACCCCUACAACGAGGUGAUGCUGUCCGUGGCCAGUGUCAUUGGUGCCAUGUGCUUUGGGAAGCACUUCCCUCAGAGCAGUGAGGAGAUGCUCAGCCUUAUAAGCAGCACCAAUGACUUUGUGGAGACGGCCUCCUCUGGGAACCCCGUGGACUUCUUCCCCAUUCUCCGGUAUCUGCCUAACCCUUCCCUGCAGAGAUUCAAGGCCUUCAACCAGAAGUUCUUUCGGUUCCUUCAGAAUAUUGUCCAGGAGCACUACCGGGACUUUGACGAGCUUGUGUCCCCACAGAGCAACAUUCAGGACAUCACAGGCGCCCUCCUGAAGCACAAUGAGAAGGGUUCCAGAACUAGUGCUGGUCACAUCCCCCAUGAGAAGAUCGUCAACAUUAUCAACGACAUUUUUGGGGCCGGAUUUGACACCAUCACAACAGCCAUCUCCUGGAGCAUCAUGUAUCUUGUGACAAACCCUGAGAUACAGAGAAAGAUCCAGGAGGAGUUGGACAGAGUGAUUGGCAGGGCCCGGCAACCCCAGCUAUCUGACAGACUCCAGCUGCCCUACCUGGAGGCCUUCAUCCUGGAGAUCUUCCGACAUACCUCCUUCGUCCCCUUUACCAUCCCCCACAGCACGACAAGGGACACGAUACUGAAAGGCUUCUACAUCCCCAAGGAACGCUGUGUCUUUGUAAACCAGUGGCAGGUCAAUCAUGACCCAAAGGUGUGGGGAGAUCCAUCCGAGUUCCGACCAGAGAGAUUCCUUACUGCUGAUGGCACUGCAAUCAAUAAGAUCUUGAGUGAGAAAGUGAUACUCUUCAGCAUGGGCAAGCGCCGGUGCAUAGGAGAGGUCAUGGCCAAGUUGGAGAUCUUUCUCUUCCUAGCUACCUUGCUGCAGCGGCUGGAGUUCAGUGUGCCAGCAGGUGUGAAAGUAGACCUAACCCCAAUCUAUGGGCUGACCAUGAAGCACCCCCACUGUGAGCAUGUCCAGGCACGGCCACGCUUCUCCACCAAGUGAAGAAGGCACCAGCAUGCCAUGGCAGGGGGAGGGGUAAGGAUCAUCCAUGGGGUCUCAACCCUUGUUUUUUUCCUUUUUCUUAAAUAAAAGCUUUAUGGAGGUAUAAUACACAACCAUGCA